AUGAAUGGGAAGAUCCGAAAUAAAUUAGGAAUCAUCCCUACAAAUGUCAUCUGGGGAGAUUGUAAAAUACUUGGAGUUAGUUAUCUUGGAACACAAAACGUGACAGAGCGAGGGUUUGAGUGUCAAGCGUGGGACAAACAGUAUCCACACAGACACAGCUACGGAUCCUACCCCGGGGCUAGUGAGAACUAUUGCAGAGAUUUUGAUUCUGACGAACCGUGGUGCUUGACAACGAACAGAAAAGUGGUCUGGGAUCGGUGCAUAGUGCCUUCUUGUGGGGUAAAUGUGACAGUGAAUUCGUCCUCGUGUGCGUUAAUCAAUGAAUUGGAUAUAUCUGAACUGAAAAACGAACGAAGUUGUAGAUUCUACUGCAACUGGAUUAGGACAACUAUAAAUGACGCAAUAGCGGAAAGAAAUCUGCAAAAUGAACGUACCUGUAGAAUUCGGGACAAGAAAAAAAUAGUUCGUAAACAUGAGCACCUUCUUCACAGGGGCACCUAUACACCUUGGAUGUGCUCCAUCUCAAUUUUUGACGGCAAGAAAUAUGGUAAGUUUUAUCAAAUAUGCAUGCUCUUUAAAACUGUCCAACGAAACGGGUUCGUUGUGCAUAUGUCAAUAAAAGGUAUAUGUUUGUUUCUAAAUAUGUCAGAACUUUAUUACAAUUACUUGAUAUAUCUAUUGCAUGUCAAUGAAAACGUGAAGGUAACAGAUAGUGAUCAAUCUCAUAAUUCCUACAAAAAUUACAAAAUUAACAGUAGAGGAAUAAUUACAGUGUACAUAUGUACAUGUUGUUGUAGUUGUAACGCGGGGGAAAUGUUAUGAUAGUUCAUCUUUAGUUGCUACAGUUAUCCAGCGAUAAACUGUAUUCAUGAAAACAAAUAUUGUCAACUAAUUACAUUAUUUGUCGAAAUGCGCAUCUGGUGCAUCAUAAUUGAUACCGUAUUUAAGUUUUACAUUUUGACCCCUGGGUCGAGGCCUCUGCUGGUGGACUGUUAGUCCCUGAGGGUCUCCACAGCCCAGUAGCUAAGUACUUCGUUACUAGCUUGAAAACACGGAUGUAUAUUUAAUUGCUGUUUUAAAAUUUAGAAAUACAUUUCCAAAUUAAGGAUUAUCUCCCUCACGCAUAGGUCUUAUCCUUAGACGAAUUUGACUCCACUUUCUUGACACAUUGCUUUCCCUAUAAUUGCUCUAAAACUUCAUAGUUAUUUCGGAUUUCAAACAUUUCGGUUGAGCAUCACUGAAGAGACAUUAUUUGUCGAAAUGCGCAUCUGAUGCAUCAAAAUUGGUACCGUAUAAGUUUUACAUUACAUUAAAUCAAAAUUUAUAUUUAGAAUAUGGGGAAUAUUAGCAUAGUCUAUUCAAUGUAAAACAUUUUUCUUCGAGGGAUGAUACUUUCUUAUGUUACCUUCGUUUGCACACAAUACAUUACACUCAGUGAACAAGUAAAGAAAACAGUGAUCAAUCUCAUGAAUAUUCUAAAGAAUAAAAAAUGAAGAACAGAGCAAGCACGGACCCCUAGACAUACGUUAUGUGCGUUAUCAACUAUGAUGUUUAAAAAAAAUUUUAUUAAAAUAAAGUAAAAAUAUAACGAACAGUGAUUAUUCUCCUAACUCCUACAAGCAAUACAAAACAGAGAGUUGGGCAAACACGGGCCCUGCAUAUACCAGAGGUGGGAUUAGGUGCCUAGGAGGAGUAAGCAUCCCCUGUCGAUUGGUCACUUAGGGCUAGGGUAAAUGCCAAGACGGAC